AUGGAGGUCGAUUCCCACGACGAAUUUGAGAAUGCGGAAGAGGAUGCCUUGUUGAAGGUCGCCCUUGCGAGCAUGGUCGAGAAAGGCGAAAUCGACCUUCUCUCUGAAGAAGGAGGUGAUACUAUGGUAACGGAUGGAGAAAUAAAUGAUAAGGAUGGUGAAAUGAAAGAAGAGGAAGAGGAUAAUGGUGAUGAUGAUGAAGAAGAAAUUGCAAAAGACGGCUCGGUCGAUACCGACAUGUUUAAUCAGCGCAUCACAGCAUUCACAUUUAGUGACCUUUUUUUCGAGGAAAAAGUCCAAGCGUUUUUGGACAGCACUACUUUCGCCAGAUUGAAGGGGUGGUCUUUGGAUCAGAUUAGCGCCCAUGUUCGAGCACGGAAUGAAUGGCUAGAUUUGUAUUUUGGCCAUUGUAAUGUUGUGGACAUGCCACCUAACUGGGCACCGGGAUCCCCGCUUGACCAGAUUCAGAUGUCCAUGAACGGACAUGCAGGUACGGGCAAAUCGACGUCGCUCACCAAUCUCCAGAGUAAGGUGGGGACUUUCUAUAAUAUGUUCAUUUUGGGGUCAAGUAAUCAAGCCUCGAUAUCAUAUCAGGGCGAUCUCAAAAAGAAGAAUCAGCCUUACAGCUACGACCACCUACGUAUGUGGGGAACGUGGUUUAAAGCCUUACCGCUCAAAUUCACCGACUGUCGCAUUCGUAACAAACUUCUAAACCUGGAUAUCUCUGAUAGUCUCCAAAAAUCUUACAGAACACUGGAGACUAUAACGCCUUAUACCUCGGACGAGGAAAGAGCUCGCAUCUCUCGCGAGCAUACAUAUACGGUCUUUCGCAACAUCUAUUCCCUUGCAACCGACAUGUUACAUCAGCGCCUCAUGGAGUUUAAGGAAUUCGUGGGGCUCCGUCUAACUAUCAUGGACGAUAAGCAUCCCCUACACCAGCCGUUGGAAGAGACAUUUGAAGCCGUGAAAACGAUUGUUCAGGUUCAGAUUCAACGGGUAAAGGAAGCCACCACUGCUGCCAAAGCCCGUCGAUCUGAAAAUGGGAACAUGCGCAGAUUUGUUGAAGAAAGAGGUGAGCAAUUUGGGCGAGAAAAUGAAAGGGCUCAAAGUUCUACACAACAUUCUAACAAGAGGCUUAGAGAGAAUGACCCGGUGUGCAAAGAGCCGAUUGAUCGCUUGGUGGACCGAUUUCGUCAGGCACAGUACGUCAAGAAUCAAGAAACGUACAAGAUAUACGUCCAGUCUCAAAUGUCCUCGCUCAAACGAGUGCCCCCUCCCUGGGUUUUUCACAGCAUGUUACUGGCAGAGGAAGAUGGGCGCAUGUCAGGCCCGUAUAAAGAGCUAGCAUGGCUCGACUAUUCUAUGUGUUGUAAAAUCUACAACAUCCCCCACCAAAAAGAGCGACCCAUGACAUAUUGCUCUAUUGGGAGUAUGGAACAGUCUCCGCCCAUUGGAAAAUUGCCUUCCCCCCUAUCGCAAACUCACAACUGUAUGGUGGGUAAAGACGUUCGCAAUGCUCAAUUGUGGGACUCACAGUUUUUCAGGCGUAGCGUUAACGCUCAAAACUGCAUCUAUACAAAAAUGCUGCGUAAUGUUUGUCUGCACAUGGAAUCUAACGUUCCCUCAGGUAGGGAGGGUUUGUUACCCCUAAUGGUUAACGAGGUGUUCCCGCCACUGUUGGGGGACCCGGGGCAUGAACAAAGCGGUAUGAGGUUCUUUUACCAGCACAAAGACGUCCGUAGUUUCAAUGAUAAAUGCGAUCAAUAUGACGGAGUCUUCAUCAAAGUGGCUGACCAAGUUUACGUGUCUUCUAACAUAGUCUCGCUCCAGUGGUACCGAGGCAAACCCGAAGACGUAUCUGAGGUGGGACUCUCCACGCUUUCCUCUCAGCAAGCUCACUAUAACCGAGCUCGACUUUGGUCUAGAAAAAGGCAGAUGCUAAACAACAUUGCUAAAGAGGGUAGUGAUAAACUGAUAAAACUUGUGACUACCGGGAGAAAGCGAUCGUACCCCCAAAUCAGUGUAAAUCAUGAGAACUACGUUGAAAUAAUGAACACAUUUUGCGACGAGGAGGAUAGUCAUCUUGUCCGUAGCGACGGCGCUAUGGCUGAUCCGGGCGGCCGUGUGCAAUUCACUAUGACCCAACAGAAUGAGAUCGACCUACAGAGUUACCUUAACAACGCUGGUAUGAAAAAAGGUCAUGCGCGGCGCAAGUUCAUAUUGGACAAGCAUAAGUCUGGAGAUGAUGUGAUUGCAGGUAAUACUGUUGGGUGGGGGAAUGACUGCAAACUAGAAAGUGGUCUGGAGGAAGAAACCAUGAAAGAAACUCGGGUAACCAAAAUGGCGAUCGUGGCACCUGCCCACCUCAUCCUCUCACGAGAAGAACACCGACAGCACCGACUUCAGGCCAAGAUGAUAGCCAAUCACUUAGGCGACGGGCGGUGUCUGGCAGAAGUCGCGCUCAACACUCGGGGCAUUGACCAUACGAGCAGCUCAUUUGCUCACGUUGAGACUGCGGACAUGGCCAUUCAUUUUGCCGAUCCCAACUUUGAUGCCUUGGCAAAAGGGGACGGAAACAGCUGGGAGGCUUUUGCGAAGAGUGUGAAAGAGACGGAGAGCGGCAUCAUGUGUCAUAUGCUUAUGCGCAGAGAACGAAAGUUUGCUGUGAACAGUGCCGUAUCUUGCGAAGAGACCGGAGCCAAAAUUCUCUUUCGUGGUGUGCGGGGGACUCCAGAGAAGAUCUUACAGUCUCACUGGCUGGUUAAAGCGGUUCCUAUAGCAUUUAAAAUGUUAGUCAUGUCGGGGCUGGUGGAAGCCUUUCGUCGCUGGAUCAUGGAAACUUGCCUACAUCAAUCCCCACCAGGAUGUGACUCUAAUUCAACUACCGAUUUCAUUGAGCGGCUUCUCGAAGAAGGACACGCAAGCUUGGGUGAUAUCUCCGAAACAGACAUUGAUAUCAUCAAGACCUAUGGGGUGAAAAUUAAAGAACAGGUGCGGAUUGGGACAGGCAUCUAUGACGAAAAGACCAAAUCCAGAACGCGAGGAGACGUUGAUACUCAGGCUCUCGUGGAAUUAUUUAGUGGUUGGCUUAUUGAAAUCGAGCGGACACACGCCGAUUUUAUGACCUAUCGAGACGUCUCGAUUCACGUGGCUGAUGACCCCCUAUAUUCGUUCGUGCAGUUUGAUAUCAAACCAACUCCACUGGCAGAGUUCCACGGGACUAACCUCACCAUCGUGGGGGAUACGAAUCACCCCAGUAUGGUCCACGAGUUUAAAGCGGCCCUGACCAACAAGGCGGAUAUAAAUAAAGUUCCGCAUCGCAGCGAGUAUUCUACAGAAAAGAUGUUUGAAAGGUACGGAUUACUCAAGUCCAUCCCCCACAUGCUCCUGUGGGGCUUAAAGGCCUGGUUGCCUCGCGAAUUUUACGCGACCGCGGCCGUCAUUAAGAUCGAUGACGUAUUAUUGGGAUCAACGGUCACUAGUCCUAACCUCCAAGUUCAAUGGUCGCACUUGUUCUGUCCUACCAGUGAUAAUACGGGUUCCGUGGAAAAGUUUGGCUAUAUGAUGCGAAGUCCUUCAGCACCCGUGACGGCCCCAGACUACGAUUUGUUUCACCAAUUAUUUCGUAUGGCAAAGGGAGAGCUGGAUUUACCUCGACCAUUUAUCGAAAGGGGAGGUCAGCGAGGCCACCCGUCCAAUGUGAUCGUAAAGACGCGGACAGAUGUUAAGUACUAUGCCAAUUCGCCCGCGUACUCCCCUAGUAGAAUGACCGAGCUCAAGAAGCGGCACCUAGUAUCAGCUAAACUUGAGAGUACGGCUACUGCAGUAUACAUGUGUUCUGUGUUCAAGAAACGAGGAAUGACCGUGGAUGCUUCACAGAACCUCACUAUUACCGUGCCCGUUUUUUUGGAUCUAGACAAGGUCAUUGAAUCCAGAUUCCUUGUGGCUUUUACACGUGCUAAUAACUCGAGAAAUACCCGCAUCGGUAACUUAGACAAUGCCAUGACGGAAGCCCAACAAAUAUGUACGGAAGACUAUAGGGCCCAAAUGCGCAAUCGCAGACAAAAGAACUCGACAGUUAUUCGUUAUACGUGCUUUCGGUAA